CACCUUUGUCGUUGUUCAGCAGCUGCUCUCAAACUGGAAAGUCCCCUCAGAGCCAGACAGCUUCCAGGCAGGCAAAACACACCUUCGUCUUUCUCUUGGACAGACGGACUUGGAUGUUUUGCCGUCCUGGCUGGUUUAGCGAGACACAAAACACCUGUCGACGCUUUUAAUUGUGUCAAUUUUGCAUUUAAAUAUCCUGCUAGGGAGUCGAGGCUGGCGUUAGCGGGGCUAGCUUUUUGUGCGGCUAGCUGCUAGCUGAGGGAUGUUUUGUUGUUGUCGUUAAGCCCGGCAGCCCUCCCGUCGUCUGGGAGAGGAUAUUUGUCAGCCGUGGAUGGGGACGUCGCGUUGACGCAUCUGAAAUCCGCCGACACAGACAGACAGACAGGCAGGGAGGAGGGUGGGAGAUCCAGUUUGACUGAAGGGGAAGGAGAUGGGAAACUGUCUGAAGUCUCCGACCUCGGAUGAUAUUUCUCUGCUACAUGAAUCCCAGUCGGACCGGGCCAGCUAUGGAGACGGCGCUGACCUGGACCAGGAGCCGCCGCCCCCCUACCAGGAGCAGAUCCACGUCCCCGUCUACCACCCGACCCCCAGCCAGGCUCGACUGGCCACCCAGCUGACUGAAGAGGAGCAGGUCCGCAUCGCUCAGCGCAUCGGCCUCAUCCAGCACCUCCCGAAGGGCGUCUACGACCCGGGCCGCGAUGGCUCCGAAAAGAAGAUCAGAGAGUGUGUCAUCUGCAUGAUGGACUUUGUUUAUGGGGACCCCAUCCGGUUCCUGCCCUGCAUGCACAUCUACCACAUGGACUGCAUAGACGACUGGCUGAUGAGGUCCUUUACCUGCCCCUCCUGCAUGGAGCCUGUAGACGCAGCUCUGCUCUCCUCCUACGAGACCAACUGAGAGACUCCUUCCCCCUCUGCUGGAUCAGCAAAACCUACACACAUAAAAAUACCCUAAACCUCCUCACUGCUAACUUAUAUCCUGGAUUAGUAAAAUUAUGAAAUAUAGGUCAUGAUUUUAAGAGAGAGAAGAAAAAAAAAAUGGAGGAAUUCUGUUUCUGUGCAAAAUAUAUGUACUUAAAUGUGAAGGCAUACGACUGACUGUGAGCGCAACGUUUCCUCAGUCAGCCUGCUGGACGGGACUGUAUCUGAGAAAAAGGCUGAGGCAGGAGCAAGCUGGUGUGACGGUAGGACUCGGAGACGAGCAUCACCGAGAUGUGCCAGAACAGGGUAGAGCGAAGGUCGGGAUUAAGAAGACCGUUUUAAACGUGUGAUGUACAAACGUGCACAGUUCCUUCCUUUACUUCCAGCCUCUGAAACGUGGCCACCAGAAGCCAGAAAGAGACGUCUGACCUCCAUCCCAGGGCUGCGUAAUCGUGUUUGCUGGACUGCUUGUAACUCCCGACGAAAAGGGGGAAACUAGACGACCUCCAGCAGAGUGGCAUUUACUGAGAAACUGUCUCUGCUGCAGAGAGGACUCCUGAUGGGCUAACUUGAGACGGACAUCCGGCUUAAGACUACUGACGUUUGUUGCUGGGGGACCACAGGCUGAGUUUUGUCUGUCUGUACAGAUCUUUUCUGUCAAAUGUGAUGGUCAAUGCUUUGAUCGACAGUCCUGUGGUUUUGUGAAAUGUAUUUGUUUUCCAACUAAAGGGCUCUGUUGAAUCAGUGUAUGCUAAUGUGACGGACUGCUGGUAAAAAAGUGUCCCUUUUUAAAGGUUCUGAUUCCUCCCUCAGAUUAUUAGAGAAAGCACAAUUCAACAGCUUUUUUUUUUUUUUUGCACUUCCCAGUCAGACCUAGGACAAGAGAAUCUGCAUUACUGCAAUGUGAUCUAUAAUAUCUGCUUUAUGCACAUCCCCAUAAGGGUUGUGCAGGAGACCAGGCUGAAAUAAUGCAUCUAUAAAUUGCCAGAAAAUAAAAGUAAGACUGCUUAAGCCUUCACCAAAAAUACAGUUUGUUUAAUGAGUUGCAAAUGUGUGCAGUUGUCCUGUAUUUAAUCAUAAUUUAUUGAGUUAAAUAUAUUUCUGUUAAAAUUGGACUUUUUUUUUUUGGCACCACGAGGCCUCGGUCUGAAGAAUCUCUGCUACAUUUUUACGUUCCUAUUCUCAAUGUCAUCCAGUUUACAGAAAUGGCCCAUGAAACUAAAUUACUUGGUCAUAUUUUCCUUCUGCAAGACGUUGAAUCUGCCUCUGCACUGCUUACGUGACUUAUAUCAUGUUUAAAAAAAAUAAAAAAUCAAGUGAGCAGUCCUGGCGUGGGCAAACUUGUCCUCCAGGUCUUAAAGCACCCACCCUGAGGUUUUCUUUUUUAAAAAAACCCUGAUGGAUAGCUGGUCAUGGUCUAUACAUGUUUUUUUCCGCACAGUCUUUUAUAUCUUUAUAACCGUCAUCCAGGUGGCGCUUCAUGGCCUUAGGCUGUACUCGUGAGAGACUGUUUAACAUUGUUGGUUUUCGUUCUUUGUGGGAAAUUAGUAGGGAUUCGGUGCCGCUGAUGCAGGCUGAGCUGACAAAAAAAAUACAUAUUUUCUAGCUACUUUAUCUCAAGAGUUUAGCUCUGAUUAAAGAAAUCCCUGAUUCUGCACAAAACUGCGAGUGAGGAGACUAGUUUAGUUUGAACUGUAAGCUCCACCCCCAGCUGUGGACCCUCCUUGUCUCUCCUCAGUCGACACGCACAAUACUAAACGCACAUCAAGCUCGAGCACAAUCCUCUGGACAAAACAAGGCUUUAUUGGGGGACUUCUCUUCGUUUUCUUUGACAUAAAUAGCUACGUCUCGGGAAAAUUGUAUUUUCUUUUAUGCUGAACAAUUACUUUCAAAUAACAGCAUACCCUGUUGUGCCAUUGGCAGAGAAAAGUCGUCCCCAGUUUGCUGCUUAUUCCUACUGAAAAAAGCCUGAACUCGCUCUAUCACGUAAUCAAUUAGUCAGUUGUUAUCAAAUUGCGUCUUAACACAUAAUACAUUUUGUAAAAAGCUAUUUUUCUUAGCCAGACAAAUUUAAAUUCAGGUAUAGCUUCUUUAAGCCUGGGAUAGUCUGAUAAAAUGUGAUUUUUUUUUUUUGGUAUCUAUCUCGCCUCUCCAAACCGUAAAAUGUCUCACCAAAACUAGUGUGCACACAGAAGCUGGAGCAUUUCCUUUGUUUCUAAUCCAGAAAGCAGAAGGCGUUGCUUAAAACAUGACAGAGUGGCUCUGGCUCAACGUUUAAGUGACUCAUCCAUCUAAAUCUGACCAAACUCACAUGAAUAUGAGUGUUUCUAACUAUUUUCUUUUUAAUUUCUAAAGAACAAAACGACAAGGUGUUCUCACACGUGAAUGGAGUGUGUGUGUGUAUUUGUGAAUGCUUGUAAGAACAGUGUAAGAUUAAAUAUGCAUACGCGCUAAUAAAAGCAAAUUGAAAAGGC